AUGUUUGAAAUCAGUAUAAAACGUAAUAAGUGCUAUUGUGCAUCAUGUUAUGAUUCCACACAACCGAAUGUUUUAACAGCAGCCAACACUAAAUAUACUGUACCAAGAGGAUGGGUAGCUUUCGGCAUUCAAGUAGACAAUGCAUUCGCUACCAGUAACAAAAUAUUUGAUAAUUGGUAUACAACCUUCUUUGGAACAUCCAAAGAUAAACUUGAAGAUAUCAUUCGCAAUCGUUUUAUACCAUUUCCUGGUGAUCACCUUCUGUCUGGUGGAACAUUUGUUCUUAAUUUACCAGAUCAAAACCACGUUUAUACAUCACCUUCGAUAAAUUAUGCAUCCCUGGAGCAUGUGUGUCCUAUUGACACUAUGACUAUCGAUGGCACCUCCUACGAUUUCCAAGUCGUUCUUCAAUGUAAACAAAAUCCAGCUGACGUCCAAAAGCUUCGAAGUGGCAAACCUAAAGUUUGUAAAUAUCUUUCAGAUGCUGAUCUUCAAUGGAAAACUGAUCAGCGAUCAUCCGUCGUACCAACCCAUCUUUUGAUACGCGCUAAAAAACGUUGA